CUUAGUUUUAAGUAUGAGUUUUAAGAAGAUCCAGCUUAGUCUUUAACUCAGCGCUUUAUUUAGUUCAAUUUCCGUAGUCUUACACGCGAAAAUGUUUACAAUGAACAAGUUGAAACAAAUUUCCUUUACCUGCGGAAAAUUUCAAAACUGUUUGCGUUCAUUUUCGGAUGUAAACAAUGCUGUGAAUGCAAGGCACACUGCACUCUACGACUUCCACUUGAAGCACGGUGGAAAAAUGGUGAAUUACGGAGGUUAUCUGCUGCCUGUACAAUACGUUGACCAGGGCAUAAGAGCGUCACAUCUGCGCACGCGGCGCCAGGGCUCUGUUUUCGAUGUUUCACAUAUGCUGCAGACGUAUGUGCGCGGAAAAUGUGCUAUUUCGUGCAUGGAAUCGCUUUGCACUGCUGACAUACAAGGAAUGCCUGAUGGCACCAGCUCGCUUACAGUAUUCACUAAUAGCAACGGUGGUAUAUUUGAUGACUUAAUUGUGUCUAAAGUGAAUGGACAUACGCUGUAUGUUGUCUCGAAUGCUGAAAUGAAAACGCAAGACAUGGUCAUCAUGCAGGAUGCUGUGGACAGAUUCAAAGCACAAGGAAAGGAUGUUAAUCUCGAGUUUUUACCGACAAGUGAUCAAUCUCUCAUUGCCGUGCAAGGACCUGAAGCAGUCUCGACACUUGAGAAGCUGCUUCCAAAGUCAUACAAUUUGGAUAAACUUUAUUUUAUGCACACGUCCCUCGGAGAGGUAGCUGGGGUAGCAAAUUGUCGAAUAACACGUUGUGGGUAUACCGGUGAGGAUGGUGUAGAGGUGUCAGUGCCGUCAACUCGUGUGCAACAUGUAACCGAAGCGCUCUUAGAUGCAAAUCGCAGCCUCAAGUUAGCUGGCUUGGGUGCGCGAGACUCCCUGCGACUCGAAGCAGGCCUCUGCCUGUACGGCAGUGACAUAAACGCUGAAACUACGCCUGUUGAAGCAGGUCUUGCAUGGUUGGUUGCCCGUAGACGCCGCAACGAGGCGAACUUUCCUGGCGCUAGUCAUAUUUUGACGCAGUUGCAGCCGGGCACAAAGCAGAUCAAGAAACGUCGCAUCGGCUUAGUCAUGAAUGGACAGAAACAAAUUCCACCGGCGCGUGCUGGCGUACAGAUCUAUGCGAAAGACAGAAAUGUCGGGUACAUAACGAGCGGCUGUCCAAGCCCUAGCCUUGGUAAAAAUGUCGCAAUGGGCUACAUUUCCGAAGACUUAAAAAAACCGGGCACUUUGGUGCAGCUCAAAAUUCGAGAUACGCUGUACGAAGCUACUAUUGUUCGCAUGCCCUUCGUAAAUAGCAAUUACUACAUAAACCCAAAUAAAUAAAAAAUAGUAGAAAACCUAUUCUCAUAUGUAGUUACACAGCAAAAAAAAAAUUUACUGUUUUAUAAAAUAUUUGUUUUUAAAUAAAAAGGAAAACUUUUCACUUCA